AUGGUGUGUUAUCCAACAAUAGUUCUGUCAGCUACCUUGACUAAGUCUCAAUGGUACUUCGAUAGUGGUUCUUCUAGAUAUAUGACAGGAAAUGUUAGUCAUCUGAGUAGUGUCAUUUCUCACAGUGGAUCAGUCAUAUUUGGAGAUGGACAAAAAAGAAAAAUCAAUGGAAGAGGUACACUAAGUGUGCUUGGUCUUCCUCAUCUGGAUGAUGUCCUAUUGGUUCAAGGUCUUAAAGCAAAUCCUAUAAGUAUUAGCCAACUGUGUGACCAGAACUGGAACGUGAGCUUCAAUAAAGGUCAAUGCCAAGUACUCGACAAGGCGAACCACAUUGUGAUGAAAGAGGCAGGGACAGACUAUGGGCAAAUAGAUAAGGGCUCCUCACAAGGCUAUCAAAGUUAUUCUGACCGAGCGGUGUCUAGAGGUGGUGGACAUAGACUUAAUGGGAUGAACUCAGACGGAGAGCAUAGGAGAAUAAAGAAGAAUCAUCAUGUAGAUAACAUCAUUGGAGAUCCUACUGUUGGCAUAAGGACAAGGAGCAAAAUCAUAAACAACCUUAUUGAACUCACAAAUUUCUCUUGCUACACUUCAAAGAUAAAGCCUAAAAAUGUAAAAGAGGCUCUUCAAGAUGAUUUGUGGAUCAAGGCAAUGCAAGAAGAAUUGAGGCAGUUUGAAAGGAACCAGGUUUGGGACUUAGUUCCUAAACAAGAAGGAUUAAAUGUUAUUGGAACUAAGUGGAUAUUCAAGAACAAAACUGACGAAGCUGGAAAUGUAGCUUGA